AUGUCGUCGUCUUCUUCCUCGUCACUCUUUCUGCCGAGUUCUUCGCCGCCGCCAUCACCGCUGCAGCAAUCUUAUUCUCCGUCAUCUUCGUCUCCCGCUUUGGUCGGUGGAGUUGGAGGAGGAGAAGCAGGUGCAGGUUAUAUAGAACACGUCGUUUCCAAAUUUGACACGCUUGCUGGUGUCGCCAUCAAAUACGGCGUUGAGGUGGCCGACAUCAAAAAGAUGAAUGGCCUUGUUACAGAUCGUCAAAUGUUUGCACUCAGGUUUCUUCAGAUUCCACUACCUGGGAGGCAUCGUCCAUCCCCUUGUUUAUCAAAUGGUUCCAACACACCAUGCCAGACUAGCUCUGACCAGACCCCACCCCGCCACACACAAGGUGAUAUGUUUGAAUCAUUCCGGUCCCUUAGAGUUACUCCUCAGCGGAAAGCCUCCCCGGCUAUGGACUCUUUACAAAGUUAUUACGGGCUGAAACCAAGAAAUCAGAAGUCCAUAACUGAAGGUUUUGAAAUGGCAGUCUACAAAAAUGGAGGUGGCCAUUAUUUAGAAAAUGGACACUUCCUUAGAGGGUCGCCAGCUUCUGACAAACCUUUCGGCCAACGUCGAAAGUCAAGAAGCUUAGUUAAGCUGGAUGAGAAUGGUGAACUUUCGGAUUCCAUGCCUGGUACGGAAACUAGAGAGGGUGACUCUGAUCAAUUUGGUGAAAAACUAAUUAGGAGGCGUCAGAAAUCAGAAGCUGACUUUUCUCGCACUCCUGAGAUGCUGUUGGGAGAUAACAGUAGCAGUGGCAGUGGCACUGCCGGGUUUUCAGCGUUUACAGGGCAGUGCUUGGCCCUUAGACCCAAAGCAGCUAAUCGAACGGCUUUAGGAACUGAUGUUGAAGCUGGUGGCUUGAAUCCUAUACCAGUGGGUUUGGGUGAUUCUUUUAUAACAGACGGGUUGUCUGGAGUGAGGAAGUCGUCAAGCACAUCAAAUUUGCAGGAUCACGACAGUAGCAGUUCUGCAUCCAUCUGGUCAACUUCCAAGUGGAGUUUGAAGCCAGAUUUACAAGUAUUUUCAACUGCAGCCAUUAGAAAACCAAUAUUUGAUGGUUUGCCUAAGCCAACAGGUCGAAGAAAGGCUGCACUUGAUUAA